UUCAUCAAGCACGCUAAAUCUGGCUUCCACCAUCCCCUGUUUCUUCUCGCCCGUUUGUUCUUACAUUGUCAUUGUGGCCCACUCUUUAUCCACGCAUGAUCGCAUAAACUGCACAAACUCCUCGCUCGUCUCUGUGUCCUUCCUCCUCUCCUUCCCCUCCAUCUCCCUCUCCAUCACUCUAAUGCAGUUAUCAGCUAUACUUUACCCCCCAUACCCCAAGAGCAUCACCACCUCAUUAAAACCCAAAGGCCUCUAUCUCCAUCCUCUCCUUCCAAGAAGACGCAAAUGCUUUCUUGGUUUCAAGUUCCCUCCCCAACCCAAAGAAGUCCUCAAACUCUCCGCCACAAACGAGCCUCCUCCUUCGCUUCCGACAUCCGACUCAGACGGGGACAAGCCGAGUCCUUCACAAGAGGAAGAAGAAGAAGCAGGAGGUAUCGACCUGAGUUGGUUGCCGGCUUUCCCUCAUGUUCUCAUGGCCUCCAUGUCUAAUUUCCUCUUCGGAUAUCAUAUCGGGGUGAUGAAUGGUCCAAUAGUAGCUAUCGCACGAGAGCUUGGCUUUGAAGGAAAUUCCUUUUUGGAAGGUCUUGUGGUGAGCAUAUUUAUAGCUGGUGCAUUUAUCGGAAGCAUUUGCUCUGCAUCAUUCAUUGAUAACUUUGGUUGCCGACGCACACUUCAGAUUGAUACGAUACCAUUGAUUCUUGGGGCACUUUUGAGUGCACAAGCCCAUUCCUUGGAUGAGAUGCUUUGGGGGAGAUUUCUUGUUGGUCUAGGCAUCGGUUUAAAUACUGUACUUGUUCCUCUUUAUAUUUCUGAGGUUUCUCCAACAAAACAUAGAGGUUCUUUGGGAACUCUCUGUCAAAUAGGAACUUGCUUAGGGAUUAUUGCAGCACUUUCUAUAGGAAUUCCUUCUGAAAGUGAUCCUCAUUGGUGGAGGACGAUUCUAUAUAUUGCAUCUGCCCCUGGUUUUAUUCUUAUGUUUGGUAUGCAGUUUGCUGUUGAGAGUCCACGAUGGCUCUGCAAGGUAGGAAGGUUUGAUGAUGCGAAAGGAACUAUAGAAAAACUUUGGGGUGAAUCAGAAGUUGAGGAGUCUAUCAAAAAAAUUCAGUCGGUCAGUAAAAAUGAUGACAGCAAUCUGGAGACUAGCUGGUUGGAGCUCUUUGUGGAGCCCCACAAUAGAGUUGCUUUCAUUGGAUGGUCUCUUUUCAUACUUCAACAGUUUGCUGGAAUAAAUGGAGUACUUUACUUCUCAUCCUUAACCUUUCAAGAUGUAGGCAUUACUGAUGGUGCACUUGCUAGCUUAUUUGUCGGAAUUACCCACCUGGCAGGAGCAUUAUUUGCUUUAUACCUGAUGGAUAAGCAAGGAAGGCAGAGGCUUUUGAUAGGGAGUUACAUGGGAAUGGCAUGUUCUAUGUUUCUUAUAGUUUAUGCCAUUAAUUUUCCACAAGAUGAAGGGCUCAGCCACAGCCUAUCAGUAUUUGGAACUAUCAUGUAUAUUUUCACUUUUUCGAUAGGUGCCGGGCCAGUUACUGCUAUCAUUAUACCAGAGCUAAGCGGCGCCCAAACACGUUCAAAGAUCAUGAGCUUGAGCUUUUCCAUACACUGGAUUUGCAACUUUUUGGUGGGAUUGUUUUUCUUAGAACUGGUGGAAAAAUUUGGAGUUGGACCGGUCUAUGCAGGAUUUGGAGCAGUUUCUGCAUUGUCUGUUGCAUUCGCCAUGUAUUUCAUAGUUGAAACAAAAGGUCGCUCGCUGGAGGAGAUAGAGUUGUCUCUGAACCGUAAUUUCCCCACUGAAGGCAAAUGAUACAACCAAUGGCACUUUGUGCAGUCAAGUUUCUGCAGAGUAAUAGAGGAGAAAUUUACCAUUUGGCAGUUCCAGUGAACUCGAUUGGCUGUGCAAGCUGCUUACAGCAGGGGUCAUGGUCCUAAAUACAUACUGUGGUGAACAGCUACUAGCAUCUUCACAUUGCUCCAAGCAACAAGACAGGCUGGCAAUAUUAAUUAAAAAGCAGAAUUACAAGGAUGUUUGUCAUAAGCCGUCUUUGUAACCCUCGUAUGAAUCUUUGUGAGCAUUGCAUUUUUAUCCCCUCUUUUUUGAUUGACCACAAUAGAAUGCACUAGCACAUGAUGUUAUUGUGCUUUAGAAAGCAAUGGCUAUUAAUGAAAAUUCGGGCGCAAGGAAGCCGAAGACUUAGUUGGACUAGGCUCUUGGUCCACUGCUUGAGAUGG